UUUAUAACCGGUCAGUUGCCAAUUUGACGGUCGAAUGAUGUGCUUACCGACACUAUCAGAAGAGCAGCAAAGAGAGUUGGCAAGAAAGCUUACAUAUUUUCUGUCGACAUACAAACACAUCUCCGAUUCCUUCAUAAUUGAAUUCUUUAGCGAGGAUCUAUGGGCUACAUUGCCUACCAGAUGGCAACAGAUCCUCUGUGACCUGUCACCCCCACAAAUAGCUGACCUCCUAUUGGACAGAUUGAAUGUGAAUAGAAGCUACUCUUGUGUAUGGCCUCUUUCACUAUUGGCUUUCCGGGCCACCGCGCAUGCCCUGACAUUCCCCAGGACACCCCAGGGCAAGCGGAGACAUGAAGUGGGCAUGCUGAAGCCAGAGGAGUUCUUGGAGAACAAGAGUCAGAGCUCACUGCUGGGACACAUAUUUAGGAAACAUGUGAAACCCAAGAAGCAGCAUGAGAUCCGGAGUCUGGGAACGUUGGUGAAACAGCUUUGUGACCUGACAGACUGCAAUAGUGUGGUGGAUGUGGGUUCUGGACAGGGCCAUUUGACUCGUUUCUUGUCUUUUGGGCUUGGUCUGUCUGUGACUGGAAUUGAGGCUGAUCCCACUCUAGUUUCCAUGGCAUCCAAAUAUGAUGGACAGCUUCUGUGGAUGCUGGAGAAGGAGCGGCAGAGGAAGAAUGGACCUCCGAUCUCUAGAUCUGGCCCCUCACCCUGCCAUGUGGCUGGCUGGGUCAACCCCAAAGCAUCAUGGAAAGACUUCGUCAAGCAGGUAGGAAAUGGUAAAUGUGUCUGUGAGGAUCAGACCGCUCCGGCUGGAUCCAGUAAGAAGAGACAGCGGGAGUCCAUGUCAGAACCUGAUCAGCAACAUGGUCACGGAGACCAUCCUGUGUUGACUACAGAAUCAGAAUUCCUGGGUUGUUCAGACAAUGGCCAGGCUGCAUCCCCACUCAAGAAUAAUGACAAUACAUGUACAAACUCUUUUACUAGUGUAAAACAUGAACCCCGGUCUAACUCACUCUUGUUUCCAAAACGUCAAUGCAACACUGAAGCCGGGCAAGGCCCAUAUGUCCACCCACUCUGCCAAGAGAGUUCAUCCACAGAAGUUGUCUGCCCUGUAGAAGAGGGGCAGGAAUGUCCAGAUUUUAUCCUAACGGGCCUCCAUGCCUGCGGGGACCUCAGUGCCACCCUCCUUCGCCACUUUGCCAGCUGCCCUCACGUUCGUGGCAUCACCUCCGUGGCGUGCUGCUACAUGAAGAUCACCACCAGUGAGAACCCCAACCCCCCUGGCCUCAUAGCCCCUCCCCUAUCCCCUUUGCCCACCAGUGAGGCAUCUCACUUAGAGUUUGGCUACCCAAUGAGCUCCUGGGUGCAGGGGUUGCCGGGACACCAGCUGUCCUAUAAGGCGCGGGAGGGGGCAUGUCACGCCAUAGAGGACUACAUGCACAGGCUGCGGGAGGAGAGUGGGUUGCUAAGGAUGCACUGUUAUCGGGCAACCCUAGAGACAGUUAUCAGGGAGGCGAAGCCAGAGCUGCGCAGGCCGGGAGUCCAGGCAAUAAAGAAAGCACAUCUACUACCCUUUACAGAGUAUGCCCGUCUGGGUCUGCCCCGCGUUGGCCUGCCCCCUGACCUGCCCCUGGACACCUGCAGAGUGGGGGCCAUGCUGAGGCAGGAGGGUCGUGUGGUGGUCUACUUCAGCCUGGCUCUGCUACUGGCACCGGUGGUGGAGACACUGGUGCUGCUGGACAGGAUGCUAUACCUGCAGGAGAAAGGUAUAAAGAGUCAGCUGGUGCCACUCUUUGACCCUGCGUUCUCUCCCCGAAACCUGGUACUGAUGGCUUUGAAGCAGCCGACAAGGGACGAAGAGACUGAGUGCACCCUUCCGUAACCAAGGACACCUCUAGAAACGUGUGUUGUGUUCAGAGUUUACACCCUUACUCAUUGGUGCUCAAGGACUUGAGUGUAAGUUUAGAAGUGAGUAGCUGUCUGAAUAUCCAUACUAGCGUACUACAUACUUCAACUGUAUACUAUGUACUCAUUGUCACAAACUAUUUUGCACGUACUGUCUGAAUAGAAUAGUAAUGGAGUUAUAGUUGCAUAUAUAAAUUAAAUCAAAUACCCUAGUACACACACAAACUUUUCAAAUGUUCAAAUCGACAAAAAAAAACGUAGUCAGGUGCAUCGCAAAUUCAAAACUGCUGGACAGCAACAUAACUAAAGCACUGAUCAUUGGGAAUGACAUCAGAACACUGAGAACAGAAAUCCACUUUGGGAAAUAUAAAAAUUCAAAAGAUGUAGCCUAUGACACUACACUCAUGAUCACUUUAAAGAGAACAAAAAGCUACUUGGCCAACAUUACAUUUGAACACCACUGCAGAAGCGUUGCUAUUCAGCAUCUUCCUAAUUAAGUUGAUUAAUUUUGUUAGGCCCUAGUUCUAAGUAGCCAAUCACUCACAGCCCCCCUCUUCCAAUGCAUUGUGGAAAAAUGUGCGUUGAAUUCAACUAGAUGAGCUGAAAUGAGUAACAUUUAAACCAUACUUGAUAUUUGAAAAUUGCAUACUAUAAAACUUUGUUUUCCCAUACUCAGAAUUUCGUCAUGCAAAAUUGCAUUGUUUCAUGUUAUUGGUUGAUUUUGGUAGCACAUCCCCAUAUCUGGUUGUCAAAGCUGAAAUAAGGAUCUGGCUAUUUAAAGGAUACUUGAUUUUCAAAAUGUUGCAUACUAUAAAACUUUUUUUUGCAUAAUCAAAAUAUUUAGGAUGCAAGUAUGGGUAUUCAGACAUGGCCAGAGUCAAAUGACUUUCAUCACAGAAUGUGGAAAGAAGUGAAGGGCACGCAACCAUACACAAUGCAAUUGCUUUUUCAUAUUCAUGUCUGGACAAACUUGCUUUAAUGGAAUGUGCCCCUUUCAAAUUGUGUAAAUGAAUAAAGACUAGUAUUUAGACUUCA